AGAGUUAUUAUUUUUAGAUCACAUCAACAAAAUCGUGGUGAUUGUUGGAUUUACCUGUAUCAUGGAUUCAGUAAGGUAAUCGAUGAAGAACGUAACUGGAAUACAUAUAUAAACAAACCAGCCCGUGUUUGUGUGGAAAUCUUGCCCGGUUACAGGAUCCCAUGAAGGAUGAAGAUGAGUGAAGUAGGGAGCUGAACCACAAAACACAGACUCUGACUGAGACAGGCAAGAGCUGUCCCAUAAUCCCCUGUGUGGGGUGAGGGACCAUGGGAGAUGGAGGAGUUGGUGCAGCAGGAGAGGGGGUCAAUCAAUCCCAUGUGCUCUUUGACCGCUUUGUUCAGGCCACCACCUGUAAGGGCACGCUUAAAGCCUUUCAGGAGCUGUGCGACUUCCUCGAGCUCAAGCCCAGCGAGUAUCGAGUCUUCUACCACAAGCUUAAGUCCAAGCUCAACUACUGGAGGGCGAAAGCGCUCUGGGCCAAGCUCGACAAACGUGCCAGCCAUAAGGAAUACAAGAAAGGAAGAGCCUGUGCUAACACUAAGUGUCUGAUCAUUGGAGCAGGACCAUGUGGGUUGCGCACAGCUAUAGAGCUUGCAUUUCUGGGAGCCAAGGUGGUACUGUUGGAGAAAAGAGACGCAUUCUCCCGCAACAAUGUCCUUCAUCUGUGGCCCUUUACCAUUCAGGAUCUGAGGGGACUCGGUGCAAAGAAGUUCCAUGGAAAAUUCUGUGCAGGCUCCAUAGACCACAUCAGUAUUCGUCAGCUGCAGUUGAUGCUGCUGAAAAUGGCUCUGCUCCUAGGUAUCGAAAUUCACGUCAAUGUGGAGUUUAAAGGCCUCAUCGAACCACCGGAGCACCAAGAAAAUGAGAGAAUAGGCUGGAGAGCUGAAGUCCAUCCCAAAACACACCCUGUCAGUGAGCUGGAGUUUGAUGUUAUUAUCGGGGCAGAUGGGAGGAGAAACACAUUGUCAGGGUUUGGAAGGAAAGAGUUCAGGGGGAAGCUGGCCAUCGCCAUUACAGCUAACUUCAUCAACCGAAACACCACUGCCGAGGCCAAGGUAGAGGAGAUCAGUGGGGUGGCCUUUAUCUUCAACCAGAAGUUCUUUCAGGACCUAAGAGAAGCCACAGGAAUUGAUCUGGAAAACAUUGUGUACUAUAAAGAUGACACACACUACUUUGUGAUGACUGCCAAGAAGCAGAGCUUACUGGAGAAGGGUGUCAUUAAGCAUGAUUACAUGGACACUGAAAUGCUUCUGUCCAGGUCGAACGUGGACCAAGCUGCUUUGCUCUCUUAUGCCCGAGAGGCAGCAGAUUUCUCCACCAAUCAUCAGUUACCCACGCUGGACUUUGCCAUCAACCAUUAUGGGCAGCCUGAUGUAGCAAUGUUCGACUUCACCUGCAUGUACGCCUCGGAAAAUGCUGCGCUGGUGCGUCAACGCAACGGCCACCAGCUGCUUGUAGCCCUGGUUGGAGACAGUCUUCUGGAGCCGUUUUGGCCAAUGGGAACAGGCAUUGCGCGAGGUUUCCUGGCAGCCAUGGACUCUGCAUGGAUGGUGCGAAGGUGGGCGCAGGGUGCCUCUGCUCUGGAGGUGCUGGCAGAAAGGGAGAGUAUUUACCGUCUGCUCCCUCAAACCACCCCUGAGAAUGUGAGUAAGAACCACAGUCACUACACAGUGGAUCCUACCACACGCUACCCCAACAUCAACAUGCACCUGCUCAGGCCCAACCAGGUCCGGCAUCUUGUUUACACUGGAGAGACCAGGGAAAUUCCUGUCGACAUGGAGAAUGUGGUGAACUCUUCCACUCCCAAACUCUUGAGGAAUGAAUUUCUGCUUGAGAAGCAGUUCCAAGAAUCGGUGGCACGUUCCAGCAAGCUGCUGAACUGGUGUCAGAGACAGACUGAUGGUUACAGAGGGGUCAGCGUAAAUGAUCUCACUAUGUCAUGGAAGAGCGGCCUGGCACUAUGUGCCCUAAUCCACCACUACAGACCAGACCUUAUUGUCUUUGACUGUCUGGAUGAGAAGGAUGUUGAGAAGAAUAAUCAGUUGGGGUUUGACGUGGCUGAGAAGGAGUUUGGUAUAUCUCCCAUUAUGACUGGAAGGGAGAUGUCCGUGGUAGUGGAACCUGAUAAGCUGUCCAUGGUCGUGUACCUCACCCAGUUCUACGAGAUGUUUAAGGACACUGUGCCCCCUAGUGAAAACCACAACCUGAGUCCAGAGGAGAAAGCUGCUCUGAUAGCCAGCACUAAAUCUCCAAUCUCCUUCCUCAGCAAACUAGGCCAGAGCAUCCACAUCACAAGGAAACGCAACCCAAAGGAUAAGAAGGAAAAGGAGCUUGAUGGAUUGGGGAAGAGAAGAAAGACAAGUCAGCCUGGAACAUCCGAGGAUGAGGAGCCACCACGGCCGGUUCGUGAUGAGCGACCCUUACUAGCGACAGCGCUAAUGGAGCGGAGGGUUGAUACCACUGCUGCGGCUAACAACAACAAAGUGAAAUCCAUGGCCACUCAGCUGCUAGCCAAGUUUGAGGAGAAUGCACCAUCGCAGUCUACAGGACUUAAACGACAGGGUUCCUUGCGGAAGGAGUUUCCUCAGAACAUUGGAGGCAGUGAUGUAUGUUUCUUCUGCCGGAAGCGUGUGUAUGUAAUGGAACGGCUAAGUGCGGAGGGCAAGUUCUUCCACCGAACCUGCUUCAAGUGUGACUACUGCGGCACCACACUGCGCCUCUCCUCGUAUGCCUUUGACGUAGAGGAUGGAAAGUUUUACUGUAAGCCGCACUACUGUUACCGUUUAUCCGGGCUAGCUCAGAGGAAGAGACCUGCUCCUACUACACCUCUUCCACCAAAGGAGUCCCCAGUGCCAGAAGUACCUCCAGCCACAGUGGAUGCUCCUGCAACUCAGCCCCAGGAGGAGCGUGGGCGCUCAGCUCCAGAGGUUAACGGUGUGGCAGAGCCCAGUGUAGCGAAGCGUCCGAGAGGAACGCCGGAGCGCAUUGAGCUGGAGAACUACCGGCUCUCUAUGCAGCGUGAGGAGGAGCUGGAGGAGGUUCCGGAAGAGACGCUGGCCGAGCACAACCUAAGCAGUGUGUUGGAUAAAGGCACUGAUGUGGAUGUGGGCUCCAGUAGCUCAGAGUCUGAUAUGGAGGAAGAGGGUGAGGAGCUGGAGCAGCUGGCAGCCUCUGACCUCGGGGGCGUCCCGUGGAAGGAGGCAGUGGAGCUCCAUGCUAAACUAAAGGGUGAAAGUGAUGCUGGGUCAUACAACAAGGACAUAGAGCAAAGAGGCAGAGAGAUGGAGGAAGAGGAUGAAGAGGAGGAUGAGGAGGAAGACGAGGAAGAUGAAGAAUCAAGUGAUGCAGAAGGGGAGUAUUGUCCUUGGGAGAGGGAGCUCCAGUCAGGUCUAUGGCUGGAGAACCUCACAGAUGAAGAGGAUACAGGUACAUUUAAAGCCAGGAAUCUGAAAAUCCAGCAAACCCUGCAGCCUGUUGACCCUUUGCUCUCACAGAUGGUGGAGGAAAAGGUGGAGCGCUCAUAUUCAAGCUCUCCUCAAUCCCUCCUCAGCACUCAGGCCACCCAGCCUAAUUCCUGCACAGUCCCUUCUCACAAAUCGGUGCGGCACGAGGCUGUCAGGGCCUGGCUGGACUCAAUGUCUGGAGAGCCCUGUGAGGUAGAGGAGGAUGAGCCAGAAGCUGAAGCAGGAAGUCUCAGCAUUGACCCCGAAACUGAGCUGGAUGAAGACGACAUCCCCUCAGAUGCUGAGGCUGAAGCUUGCUUACAGCGGGCCAAUGAGGCUGAGCCUUCUCCAAUGGAAAGUGUCAAACCAGAGAGCCCUGAGCUAGUCUUCAAACCUGAGUCUAAAGAAGGUACAUCUGCUAGUAAAAGAGAAAUUAUUGUGGAUGUCAUUCUAUCUCCAACACCAAAGCCUGUGACACCUGUUGAGGAGGUCAAAGAGAUGUUUUCCCCGGUGCUAGUUAAGUCUCCAGGCACUCGUUUUUUUCCUGAGCCUUUUUUGCCUGAUAGUGUCCGUCCACAGACGCCACCCUCACAUCCCCCUGAAGCAAAUGCUCUUAAGUCCCCUUUUACUGCGGCAUCUCCGAUUCGGUCCCAACCAGCACCCUUACCAGAUGCAGUAACCCCAAAAUUCCCUGUCCAGACAGAGCCUUGUGCCUGCUCACCCUCAGGCAACCCCUUAUCACCAAUCUGUGCUCAGACCUUACCAUGCCAAGAGCCUUCCUCCCCCCUAUCAGCAGACUCUCCCGUAAGGACUCAGCCAGUCCCGGCUAUAACUUCCACUCCUCUGCCGAAAUCCACAUUUGACAAAACAACAACUGAUCCUCUGGAUUUAACAGCCAAGAAGUCUGACAUCAUCGAAGAGUUCUGGAUGAAAAGUGCUGAAAUAAGAAAGAGUUUGGGGCUUAUACCCCUGGAAAGGAGCAAAAAUAUGGAGAACAGCAUUGUUAAAACUCCUGAUUCCACACCUCCUAAGCCCAAAACCCCAGAAGGUACACAUGACAAGCCGGUCCUGACAGGCAGGACAGUCAUCCACAGACUUAAUAUCACAGUUGAGGGUCAGGUGAUCUCUCCUGUGGAACCAAAAAGCAGUGGCUCAGAGAAGAAGGAGUUUAGCAGCAGUUCUGGCCUGGGCUUAAACUGUAGCAACACGAUUAGCAAGACAGUUACCAGUGAUAGCUUAAACAACUCUGACUCUACAAUGCUCACACCUCCAUCCAGUCCUCCUCCACCUCCACCAGAUGAGGAGCCAGCAACUCUGUCAAGGAAGAAGCCUCAAGUUUCUUGGGAGAAGCUGCCUACAGCAAAUGAGAAACCUGAAAUAAAAAAAAGUCUCACAAAACUAACGACACCCACUAGUCCACUUCAGGAAAAACCCGUAAGCAUUCCAGUUGCUGAUCACAAAACCAGCUCACCUGUUGUGAUGAGAACAAAGGAGCCCAAUAAGCCAAAGCGAGACGAGGUCAGAAAGUCAUUUGCAGAGUGUGUCGACGAGAUUCCGUUUGCUGACGAUGUGGAUGAGACGUACGAUGAUCGCACUCCUGACACAAGUGCCCUGGAUAGGUUUUACACGCCGCCUACUAGCAAAGUAAACAGGGACAAGCCAUCCCUCCACCUUGCUUUAGCUACGGAGAAUGGGAAACCCAAAAUUUCUGAAGGUCUGGCAUCCAGACCGGUAAAGGGUCCAAAGCACUUUUCUCCUGAAGCCAAGGAGAUUGCAGAGGAACGGAUGAGGGAAAGGGAGAAAUCUGUAAAAAGUCAAGCUUUAAAAGAUGCCAUGGCUAAGCAGAUUAAUAAAAUGAAGGAGGCCGAGGCAGGCAAGGGGGCUGCAGCCAAAGCGGCCUGGAAUAAUUCAGAGGUAGCUGUAAAGAACAAAAAGCGAUCAAGUUCCCCUAAAUCUUCAGCAGUUAAAGUUCUGGAGACCAAAAAACAGGCAGACGCAGUGCCGGAACGUUUCUUUACGCCAUCGUUAAGUAAAAGUGCGGACAGUUCGGUUACCUCCUCAGAAAGCUCCACAGGUGGCAAGAUUAAAAAACGCAGUUCACUGUUUUCACCACGUAAAAACAGGAAAGAGAAGAAGGCAAAAAGUGAAAGUAGACUUUCAGGAACUGAAGAAACACCUCCCAAACACAAAUCCUUGUGGAAGGCCGUGUUCUCCGGGUACAAGAAAGACAAAAAAAAGAAAGAUGACAAGUCCUGUCCGAGCACGCCCUCUAGCUCGACGACCGUGGACUCAGGAAAGAAAAAAUCAUCUUCCGCAGCAAAGUCAUCAGAUUUGCACCUGAGAAGAAACCUUAGCUUUUCUGAGGACUCAGAUCUGUCCUGUGAUGAUGUCUUGGAAAGAUCCUCCCAGAAGUCCAAAGCAGAUUCUGUUUAUGUUCCUCAUGCACUGGCGUUCAAGAGAUCAUACGCCACAAAGAAGACGUACACUGAAGAGGAGCUAAAUGACAAACUGACACGCAAGGUGCAGAAAGCAGCUCGGCGGCAGGCUAAACAGGAGGAGCUGAAGAGAUUACACAGGGCUCAGAUCAUUCAGAGACAGCUGGAGCAGGUGGAGGAGAAACAGAGACAGCUGGAGGAGAGGGGUGUAGCUGUAGAAAAGGCUCUACGAGGGGAAGCAGGGUUACAUAAAGGUUCUAGUGUUAGUCCAAAACAGCGUAAGAGGCGCUCAGACUAUUGGGGAGAAUCUAAUUACAGUGAGAUCCUGGACUUGCAUCUGGGCGUUGAGCCCUAUGUCAGGACCCCUCGCUGGAGACCCUUGUCCUUCUGCCCAUGCUGUUCCCCUGAAGGAAUGGGUAAAAAGGAUGAUCCCAAGCUGAUGCAAGAAUGGUUUAAACUGGUGCAGGAGAAAAAUGCCUUGGUGCGCUAUGAGUCAGAGCUGAUGAUAUUUGCUCGUGAGUUGGAGCUGGAAGACCGGCAGAGUCGACUGCAGCAAGAACUUAGAGAGCGAAUGGCAAUUGAGGACCAUUUAAAAACUGAGGCAGAGCUGACUGAAGAGAAGCACAUUCUGAAUGAGAUGUUGGAUGUGGUGGAGCAAAGGGACUCGCUGGUGGCUGUCCUGGAGGAGCAGAGACUCAGAGAAAAGGAAGAGGACAAGGAUCUGGAGGCGGUCAUGCUCUCUAAGGGGUUUAAUUUAAACUGGAUCUAACCAGCAUACUCCACCAUAGGGAAUGUAAGGAUUUGAUAGAGGCUGUUUGCUUUUGUCUUAUAAAUGCUGAGGAAGUUGGUGACAGCAUUUACACAUCCUUGUGAUGUUUACAAGUCCUCCUGGCUCAGCUCAGGGUUGACCCUGGGGUCCACCUGUUUCUCUCUCCGCUGCACUGGAAAUACAGCCAAGCUUUCACCUCUAUACAGUUUUUACAUACUGUUUUGGACUCAGAAAGGGAAUUUGGACAUAGGGAAAUUAUAUAGACAGUUCAGGAUUUCAAGGAUUACAUCUACAUCCUGUUCAUCACCUGUUACACAUUUCGAAGAAGCAGAGCAAGGUUGUUGGAUUUCAUUUUUCUGCUUUUAUACUCACACUACUGACUGAAAUAGGAACUGUACAGCCUGCCUUACCCACAGUUCCAUGUGGAGACAUGAUAAACACGGUAAUUUAAACCCCAAUGACAAUUAUAUUGUUUCUCCAUGAUUUAGUGAUCAAAUAUGCUACUACAAUUGUUUCAUUAUGUAUUUAUUCUUGUUUUACAGAAAAGCAUGCACAGUUCCACAGAGGAACUCUUAUGGUUUUGUUUUUCAACAGUGAGUUGGAAAGGCUGUUCCUUUCGCUUAUCAGCCAGCUCAUAUCAAAACUAGAUUUUUAGGGCUGUGUUCAUAAAAAACUUUAUUGGCAUCCAUCAGAAUUUUUUUUUUAUAACACAUCUCACACGGCAUACUGCAUCUGUGCUUAAAUGCCACCGGCUUUCUUGAAAACAUUCAUACAGUAAUCAGAAUUGAGAAAUGGUUCAUUAUCUAACCACAGGCAACAUUCAGACUGCAAGACUGAGUGCUUAAUUCUAAAUAGGGAUGUAUUGAUAUGGAAAUGCUUGACCAAUGCCUUCAUUUUUAUGUACAUAUCUCCUAAUGCCUAUGCUGAUACAUACAUGAUACAAAUUGCUAAAAAUGUAAACAAAAGACUAUAUUUACCAUGGGGAGAUAUCCAAAACAAUAGGCUACAAUGAGUUAUAACACAAGGCCAUUUGCACCUAUAAAAAGACCUAUGUAGGUAAAAUAAAUCAAAUAAGUCACAUGUAAGAGCUGCAGAUGUAUGUGUACCACUGAAUAGGCUUAAAACAGUACUUCCCAACACACGACCUGUUUUGUACCGGAAUGAACCAGGGCACACAUGUCUCACUAGUUUCAACACAAAAUUUAAAUUGAAUUAACAUUGUAUAAAUUUCAGUCUGACUGGUGUUGCAUUAUAGUUAAAUACAUAUUGGUCUUGAGUACCACAUAAACUACCAAAUUUAAAUUAAACACAGUUUUUUUUUUUCAAUUCAGUGUCAAUCUUAGAUUCUUGGAAAAUUGAUUUUGGGAGUUGGAUAGUUGCAGUUCAAAUAAGACUGGCAGCAUUGACUGAUGUUCCUAGAUAUUUGUAUACACCAUUUUGCAUAGGUGCAAAAAAGCCUGUCAACUUGUUCUUUUUAAAACUGGUGGCAAGACAUCUGCAUUUUGCCAGAUGUUGAAAAUCUGCUUAUGAAUGCAGUUUUAGCAUAAAGAACAUAAGGUGCAUUGUAUAUAAUACUCAGCCUUUAGCUCAUGCUCAGUGUUGAUACACUAAGUUGAGCUUCUGCACUAUCUAGUGCUCACUCUUUUGUCUUAAGAUAUUUCCCUUUACCUUUGCAAGUUUACAAUCACUUAACUGAAAUUAAAAUCUAAAUGAGACACUAAAGUUAACAGAAGCUGUGAAAUGUAUGUCAAAUAUUCAUAUUUAAGACAAUGUAGUGAUAAUUACAUUAUUAAUGUUUUAAAAUACUUUAAACUGGUAAAUAAUAUACAAUUAAAGCCCUGACAGGGUGGACAAGUUCUUAAUUCACUUCUAGUUUGCCUGGCAUGGGAGUAUGUUUACAUGUUAACUUUAAAUAAUUUAUUGCAGUUAAACAUUUGUGCUCAUGUAAACAGCAUAAUCUGACAACAUUCUCGCUGCCACUUAAAAACCAAAUACAAGCGUCAUAUCAGUGUGAUUGUUAGUCUUUAUACAGUAUAAUCUAUAAUAUGAAGUGAGUGACAAGUGCCCUCUGGAGUUUUGAUGUUUAUCAAGGGCAUUGCACUUAUCAAUGCAGUUGCCUUGUAAAACAAUAUAAAAGACAUAAUAAACCCUAAUUUAAGCUAACCUAUAUAUUGAACUGGCCCUAAUAUAAUCCACCUGAAACAUGUUUCUAUGCAAACAUAAUUAUUAUAUUAUACAUUUAUUUACCAGUAAAAGUAAAUUGACUAAUUUUCUACAGUUGCUGGUUUCAGGAAUGCUGGUUGACCAUCUCAGCGCUCCUAAGUUACACCAUACGUCUGCUUGUCCCAUGUCCUCUACACAAAAUUUGUUAAACAUUAUUAUAUCUCAUACCGCCGUUAAUAAGCUUGUUUCAUUAUUUAUCUCUUGGGUUUUAUAGUUAUAUCAGCAAAUAGGGAUUAAUAUAAGAAACGUAACUGUUUGCAUUGGUUUACAGCAUUCUGCCUUUAUGUGUCCAUAUCCACAAGGUUUACUUACCUUUACCAAGGCUUAAUUUUUAUUUCUUUGUUUUUAUAAAAACAAAUUUGUACUUCAAGCUUUCACACAAUACUACUGGACAAUACUGAUUAGCAAAAAGGAUAAAUCUGUAUAAAGUAGCUAUGUCCAAAAGAAUUGGUAAAAUGCUAUUUUUUGACAUGUUUUGAGGUGGUAGUAUGCAGUUUGGGAUGCAACCUACAUUUCAGAACGCUGUACAGUGGGACACAGAUUUUUGUAUGAAUGUACAAAAUAACUGUGAAUGAAAUAGUUUGACAAUUUUAAAGCCAGAUAUUUAGACUGUGUAAAUGUUUUACAAAGUUCAUGGGUAUUUAUUAACAUGUGUGAAAAUGUAUUAUAUGUAAAGAAAAUGGAACCUAAUUUUAAAAAUUGUAUGGUGUCAUAUCUUGACAUGUAAACGCUUCCUGUAGCUAAUCUGCAUAUAGGAUUUUGGAUGUAAGUUUAAAGGUAAUAAACAUGCAUUUGUUUUUUCAA